AUGGACGCAGGCGGUCUUACUCAAAUGACUCAAAACUCUUCCUUUAAUGGCGCUUCGCUUGGCGUUCCGGGUACUGGUUUCGCUUCCCGAGGAAAAGGCUCUCACAUCAAACGCUUGAGUGUCCCUCCUCAAAUUUCGACUAUCAAUGAAACGGGUCCGGCAACUGGUGUUGCCACUCCCCGGACCAGCCGUUCUCACCUUUUAGCUGGCUUACGCACCGCUCCAAAGUCAGCUACUGUUCCUUCUACGUACAACCAGCAAUUCCAGGGUCAUGGCCGUGUUGGUCUAGAAGGUAGCCGUUACGCUACAAAUAGGACCAACGAUCGUGUUCCUCAGACGGCUACUGGCGCGACAUUCCCUCAGUAUUCUUACGGACUGGAUUCACAGAGUACAAACAUGGGAUACAACAUGGGGCGUCCUCUUUAUUCUCUCCCGGAGCAAGUACUCGCACCUCCAGCAAUUGACUUGGGAGACGCCGAUGGCAUGGACGAAAAGCUUUAUGCAGAAUUGAUGACCACCAACCUGUUCUUAGCUGCCCAGCAGCAGCGCCUCCAACAACAGUUGCUAAGUGUGACUGCUGCUGCCCAGCAGUUUCAGAACUUGAGUUUAGGUGCGAAUCAGCUCAACCAACAAUUCCCACAGCAGUUUCAACAGCAGCACAUCCAAUCUCAGCAGCAGGGUCAAUUUACUUCCUUCGUUCCAGGCAUGAGCGUGUACCAACAGCAGCUGCAGCAGGGCAUGCAGCCUGUUGUUCAACCCGUUUCUGGCCAACCGGGGUUGUAUUCGGUUUACAAUCCAAUGACCGGGCAGCAGAGCUUUAUAUUCGACAACAGCACUCCUUCGCCUCAGGAGGAGGAUCCUCUUCCUACCUACCAGGAGUCAAUUCAGUUACCUAUCGGAUAUCAACAGGCACCCUUCCGUGCCGAGGUCUCUCCACCUCCUGAAUCUGCUCGAUCUUCUGCCCAUGCUUCUUCUCGAUCCGAAUCACCCAAGGAUAUUCCUUCUCCACCCACAAAUGCGACUCCGCUCUCAGUCCUUUCCGGAAACUCGUUGAGACGCAAUCACAAGAAAAGUCACUCAUUUGUGCCGGGUCUACGUACCAAUACCGAGCUGCCACGCACAGGAGGCUCGGGUCCUCGCUCUGCCGUUCUUCCUCAAACUCCCUUGACUGGUACUUUUGGACCCGGUCAGGGUCGUGCAGGCGAACAUCCAUCUCGCCAGCCGCGCGGUCCGCCAGCCCUUGAAGAGCUUGUUGCUAAGCCCACAUCGAAACAUGAGGGCAGCAAGAACUUCGCUACACGUCAACGCCGUCGAGCGGUCCACAACUUGGUACGCGCGGGAAUUGAGCGUCGGGGCGAAUCUCGAAGCAACCAUGGCAGUAGCGGCAGCAAUACUCCUGCCAGUGAGACUGAAUUCGUCUUUUCUGUUUCUGAUGGGGAUGAUAGCCGUCGCGGAAGUGGAAGCCUUUCCAGCAAGCCCAGCUUGGGAAGCCUGCGUGCUUUUGCUAACGGGGCUAUUGGCUCUGAGAUCAAAAAGAAGGACCGUUCUUCGCGAGAACGGGUGUCUGCGGAAAACAUGUACAUACUUUCAGCUGCUGGUAGCGAUGAGAGUUUUCCCAGCGCCCUGUCGCCCGUUGGUCCCCCGUCGACUGCUGCCAUUGUCGCUGGUCACCGUUCAGUGAACCAGACUACGGAGCGACGAAAGACACCCAUGUUGGUACUGUCCAGUGCUGAGAAGCGGAAGACCCCUAUCAUGUGA